AUGGGAGUCAACCGUGACCUGAAGAAAGCCACCGAAGCGUACUGGGCUGGGAAGCUCUCUCAGGACGAGCUUCUGGCGGAAGGGAAGAGGCUCAGAUUGGAGCACUGGAAAAUCCAGAAAGAUGCUGGCAUCGACAUCAUCCCAAGCAAUGACUUCGCCUUCUACGACCAGGUUCUCGACCAUAUCCAGCUCUUCGGCGUGGUGCCAGAGCGGUACACAAAGUACAACUUGGCUCCCAUUGACGAGUACUUUGCCAUGGGUCGGGGGCUGCAGAAGCCUGCCACCGACAGCUCCCCUGCUGUCGAUGUGCCCUCGCUGGAAAUGGUGAAAUGGUUCGACUCAAAUUACCACUACGUCAAGCCCACCCUUCAAGACAACCAGACCUUCAAGCUGUCGUCUAAACCCAAGCCCGUCGCCGAGUUCCUCGAAGCCAAGGAAGCUGGCAUCAACACACGCCCAGUCAUUCUGGGACCCGUCUCCUUCCUCUACCUGGGCAAGGCCGACCGUGGUCAGACCAUUGAGCCGAUCUCAGCCCUGGACAAGCUGCUGCCUCUGUACGAGGAUCUCCUCAAGCAAUUGAAAGGUGCUGGUGCAGAGACUGUGCAGAUUGAUGAGCCUGUCCUGGUCUUCGAUCUACCCAAGCGUGUCAAAGACGCUUUCAAACCUGCUUACGAGAAGCUCGGUGGUCUGGGAAGCAGUGCCCCCAAGAUCGUCCUUGCUACAUAUUUUGGAGACAUCGUUCACAACAUCGAUGUCCUCGAGUCGUUGAAGAACCUCUAUGCCAUCCACGUUGAUCUCGUCCGCAACCCCGAGCAGCUCGAAACAGUGGCAUCUGCAUUGGGGCCUCAGCAGGUCCUGUCAGCGGGUGUAGUUGAUGGUCGAAACAUCUGGAAGACCAACUUCAAGCGCGCCAUUGAGCUGGUCGAAAAUGCCAUCCAGAAACUAGGCAAGGACAGAGUCAUUGUUGCCAGUUCUAGCUCCCUUUUGCACACUCCUCACACUCUUGCCAGCGAGAAGAAGCUCGACCCCGAGAUUGCUGAUUGGUUCAGCUUCGCCGUUGAGAAAGCCAAGGAGAUCAACAUCAUCGCCAAGGCAGUCACCGACGGCCCGGCGUCUGUUCGUGAGGCUCUGGAAGCCAAUGCCAAAUCGAUGCAAGCUCGUGCUUCCUCAAGCCGAACCAAUGACCAAGCCGUCAAGGAGCGACAAAGCAAGGUCAAUGCUGAGAUGCAUAACCGCAAGUCACCUUUCCCUGAGCGGAUUGCUCAACAACAGAAGCGUCUGAACCUUCCAUUGUUCCCUACCACGACCAUCGGGUCGUUCCCCCAGACCAAAGAAAUCCGUAUCCAGCGGAAUAGGUUCACCAAGGGCGAGAUCACUGCUGAGGAGUAUGAGAAAUUCAUUGAGAAGGAGAUCCAAGAUGUCAUCAAGAUCCAAGAUGAGCUCGAUCUCGACGUCUACGUACAUGGUGAACCGGAACGCAACGACAUGGUCCAAUACUUUGGUGAACGACUGAAUGGUUAUGCAUUCACCACCAACGGCUGGGUUCAGUCAUAUGGCUCCCGAUGUGUCCGACCACCCAUUGUAGUCGGCGACAUUUCUCGACCUGCUCCAAUGACAGUCAAGGAGUCGAAGUACGCGGCUUCUAUCUCGGGCAAACCGAUGAAGGGCAUGCUCACAGGUCCCAUCACCUGCCUCAGAUGGUCAUUUCCUCGUGAUGACGUCCAUCAGUCCGUCCAAGCCCAACAAUUGGCUCUCGCUCUGCGUGAUGAGGUUGUUGAUCUUGAGAAGGCUGGCGUAUAUGUCAUCCAAGUCGACGAGCCUGCCCUGCGCGAGGGUCUCCCUCUCCGCACUGGCAAGGAACGACAAGACUACCUCAAGUGGGCUGUGGAUGCCUUCCGCCUCGCCACCGCAGGCGUUGAGGACGGAACGCAGAUUCACAGCCACUUCUGCUAUUCCGAAUUCCAGGACUUCUUCUAUGCCAUUGCAGCACUGGAUGCUGACGUUCUCUCGAUCGAGAACAGCAAGUCUGACGCUAAGCUUCUCAAAGUCUUCGUUGACGAGGCUUACCCACGUCAUAUUGGACCUGGUGUCUAUGACAUUCAUUCUCCCCGUGUUCCUUCCGAGAAGGAAAUCCACGACAGAAUUGCCGAGAUGUUACAGUACUUGAAGCCGGAGCAAUUGUGGAUCGAUCCCGAUUGUGGUCUCAAGACUCGACAGUGGAAAGAGACAAAGGCUGCCUUGACCAACAUGGUCAAUGCGGCUAAGAGCUUCCGUUCCCAGUACGUCACGGCCCAGUAG